CAUUUGAUAAAUGUUGAAUCCGCAGUAAUCCACCUGUUGCAAAUUUCCGGUUACUAUGGUGCCAGAAGCAUAAACAACGGUAAACAUGACGACGACCGUUGUUUUGUGCAAACGCUUUUUUCUCCACCAUCUAUGACGCCCGGACAAAGAUGAAUUUUGAAGAAAACAUCAUUAAAAGACAAAAUUCAAGCGAAUACUUCGACACUGUGAUUGGCCACAUCGAGGACAUAGUAAUCGGCGAAGAGUUUCAGCGGAUGGUCAAUCAGUUCAUGGAGUGCUACUACUACGAGUUUGAACCGGGGGAAGAGAAUAAAAUCGUCUACACGGAGAUCUACCAGAAGUAUACGAACAUGAUCGAGGCGCACAUCGUCGAGCAUCUGAACCGGAAGAUGAGCUGCUUCGAUAUGGAUCUGUUUGCGAUGGAGCUGGAGAACAAAAAGACGCAGCUCGACGGGGAGAUCUUUGAGCUGCUGUACACGCUGACCGACUUUCUCGCCUUCAAGGAUAUGGUGCUGGAUUACAAGGCGUUCAAGGAAGGCGCAUACGACGAUCUGAGCAAGGGCAUCAGCGUGACGGGUCUGCAGAAAUAGUACCUCCGGCA